UCGUUAUUGCUCUCAUUAGAGGGAACUUGAGUACAUUCAAAAUAUUUAUAUUUAUCGAUUCUACGUAUUGUCUCUAAUACCCAAAAAAAGUAGAAUAAGGGAUACGUUUGUUUAAACUCUUUAUUUGGAUAAAAAUGAUUGAUGACUUUCACAGCAUCUUUAGUUUAAAGUCUCCUUAACCCCUCUUUUACACAUUUUCCGAUUUUUAUUGUGUUUGUGAGCUUGAACUCAAACGAGGAUGCCGCGUGUGUAAAUGAGUUCAGCAGGUGAAAUGUGCGUCGCACGCGCCUAGACUGACCAAGGAACGGUACUCCGGCGCUCCGGUCUCAUUGAACGCUACCCAAUAAGAGCAGAGGGACGGCGGGCUGUCAACAUUCCUAUCACCCCUCUAUCUCUCUCCCCCCGUCGCCCACCCCUUCGUUCUUCAGUUCGCACAGUUCAUCGCUCCGGUUUAUCUCGCGCAGUCUGCUAUCAGCGCGAGGCGACUCCAAUGGAAAAACGGAGAGGCGCGCGUUUCGCAGCUUUGGGGAUGAUAUCUGUUCUAAACGCAAAACGUGUGAAGGAAACGUGGAAAAGUUGGCGCUGUCUCUGAUCCUAUUGCACCUAAUCUUUAGACUUCAUCUAUUUCUCAAGAAGAGGUGAAAAAAGAAAAGAAGAGAACCUGCCGUCUGGCUUGGAUUAUUUCUGCUGUGGUUGCCAGCUCCCGAGGAAUACUUUUAUAUGGCACACGCUUAUAUCCGGGCAGAUACAUGAUAUCCGUCCGUGCUUCGGAGCUCUGUGUUUCAGGCAUCCCAACUUUAGCAGGUUACCUUAACCUAUUACACCCAGUUAACACAAAACAGAGUAUUUUCUCAUCCCUGCUGGGCGAUGGGUCCAACUAUGUUUGGCUUCAGUAAAGCUCUUGGGUCGCCCCGGAUUCUUAACAGAUCUGCCGCUGUUCCCAAAGGCUCAGGAUUAGGACAUAAUAUCAAAAACGGUACAUCUUCACAAUACAGUCCCCGCGCGUCCUCGCGGUUAUGCUGCGCGCUUACAUUCAUCUUGCUCAUCCUCACGCCGCGUGUGGAUUCGUCCUGGUGGUACAUCGGUGCCCUCGGGGCCCGUGUAAUCUGUGACAAUAUACCUGGGCUGGUGAAUAAACAGAGACAGCUGUGUCAAAAGCAUCCAGACAUCAUGCAGUCCAUUGGGGGCGGAGCUAAGGAGUGGAUCCGAGAGUGCCAGCAUCAGUUCCGUCAUCAUCGCUGGAACUGCAGCGCACUGGACAGGGAUCAUACUGUUUUCGGGAGGGUCAUGCAGCGCAGCAGUCGAGAGGCGGCGUUCGUGUAUGCAAUCUCCUCUGCAGGAGUGGUUUUUGCCAUCACCCGCGCAUGCAGUCAGGGGGAGCUGAAGACAUGCAAUUGUGACCCGCACAAGCGUGGGAAAGACAAGGACGAGCGAGGAGAAUUUGACUGGGGUGGAUGCAGUGAUAACAUCAAUUAUGGCAUAAAGUUUGCGAAAGCCUUUGUGGAUGCCAAAGAGCGGACGGUGAAGGAUGCACGUGCACUCAUGAACCUUCACAACAACCGCUGUGGGAGAAUGGCAGUAAAGCGCUUUCUGAAGCUGGAGUGUAAAUGUCAUGGAGUCAGUGGUUCAUGCACUCUGAGAACCUGCUGGUUGGCAAUGUCGGAUUUCCGUAAAACAGGAGAUUAUCUCCGUAAGAAAUACAAUGGCGCCAUCGAGGUCACCAUGAACCAAGAUGGAACAGGAUUCACAGUAGCUAAUAAAGACUUCAGGAAAGCCACCAAAAAUGACCUGGUGUACUUCGAGAACUCCCCUGAUUAUUGUCUCAUGGACAAAGCUGCGGGUUCAUUGGGUACCGCCGGGCGAGUUUGUAACAAGACGUCCCGGGGGACCGACAGCUGUGAGGUCAUGUGUUGUGGGCGGGGCUAUGACACCACACGUGUAAAACGCAUCACCAAGUGUGAGUGUAAGUUUAAGUGGUGUUGCGCCGUAGAGUGCAAAGACUGUGAGGAGGCCGUCGACAUCCACACCUGCAAAGCCCCUAAACGUGCCGAAUGGCUGGACCAGACCUGAGACACGCCCACUUCCUCCCAAUCCUCAGGAUUUUGUCCACGGCAUUCUGGGAUAUGAAGUCCAUCCCUUUGCGAUUUUCCUCCCCCAAUCCCUUUUUUCGUUGCAUGGCUUUAUUUGAACUGUUUUUGUGAAAGCACUACAAAUGAAAUCUAUUUCUCAUGAGCGCCUUGCACAUUAUGGCGAAAUGGCAGAUUUGUCUUUCUCUCUUACUCUCUAUUUGUUGUUUUGAAUUGACAAGAGGACGGUAAAGGUUCGAGAACAACCUGCGGUGUAACUUGUUGGCGUAUAUAUUUUGUGUUUUGUUGUGAGGGUUUUGUGUUGUUUUGUGACGAAAGGUGUGCUGCUUUUAAAAGAAUAUUUUAAAGUGACUCUGAGCCUAUCAGAUAUUAUCAUGGCUAAUAGUUAAAUAUUCAACACAUGUUAUUGAAAACACGACUGUGUACUAAACAUACAUUCACAUGUCCAUACUGGAUGAUAUUUUACUUUGACUCACAUCGGUAUUACAGAAUGAAUGAGGCUGUUCACAUGGGCACGAGGACCGAAUGUACGGCUGCUCUCUGUGGACUGCUCACUCCCCACAGAGCUCUCUAGAAGAUAUGGAGGAUUUGCUAGAAAUAAUAUUAAUAAUAUAAAUGAGCCUGCACUAAGGACAUUAGCUAACAGUUGAGCAAAAAAUGAUAUGUUAUUAUAAAACUCAUCAUUACAUGUGUAAUAUGAACAGCUGUGACUGGUAGAGGUGUAAGCUCUCUUUGGCUCUCCUGUGCUUCUUAACGUUUUAUUUUUUUUCAGCAGAAGUUCAUAUAAAGUCAUCAUUUAUCAAAAUACCUUCUUUUGUGUUCAACAGAAUAAAGAAAUUCAUACAGGUUUUGAACAACACGAGGAUAAGUAAAUAAUAACAGAAUCUUUAUUUUUGGGUGAACUAUCCCUUUUACUUUGUUAAUUAACAACUUAAAGGUAUAGCGGAAGAUUUUCCCAAUUUUUUAAAAAAGAACCGCCCCUCCACUUUUAAAAAAAUGCACAUGCGCAACACUCUACCUGCUCCCGAGAGGGAAUGCCUAUAAACGUGUGCACGAGAGAGAGCAUGCACGAGCCUAGUUCUUCUCUUCGCUCUGUUUACAAGUUGCUGCCGGCAUGGCUCAUUAAUUGAGAUAUUUACCGUGUCUGUGCGGUUCGUGACUUGUGCCAGGGCUAGCAUCGCUAAUCAUGGCUUGAACCAACUUUUUUAAAUGGAUUUCUCCAAAUAGCAUGCCAAACUUUACCUGUCGAGUAGAAACUUUGCGACUGGGGCAUCAGCGGGAAGCCCAACCUGUGUGAAAUAUUCUCCCCAAAACCCUCUAGUCUUGUUUCAUUCUUCAAAGUCAUUUCUCUUCUUGUCAUACAAUUAGCAAACACUUUUUCUCUUGUAACCCUGAGACAUUUUGAAAAAAAUUGGAUGGUUGAAAGUCACAUACACCUGAAAGUGCCCAUGUGCAGAAAGCAAACCUAGGGACGAGCAGAUACUACGGCCUUACAUAAACAUAUCACCAGAAUGAUUGACAACUGGGAUGACCAAUAGUCUAGAUGAUCCACCCGGAAAAAAGAAAAUCUUUCGCUAUACCUUUAAUCAUGCAAGCCAAUUUAACCUACUUUUUAAAGUUUUGACUCAUGAUCAGUUGACAUAACUUAGAAAAACAAGUUAAACUUAAUUUUUUAAGUUAAAUUAACAAAAAUAUAUGUUGAUAUGAUGUAUAUGGCUAUCUUUCUUCAUCUGAAUGUAAACAAAUAAAUUGCCAUCAUAUGGGGGUCAACAUGGUAAAGCUCCAAAAAGCACAUACAUCCAUACACAUCCAUUAAACCAAACGACUCCAGUAAGUUAAUAAAAUAGGAAAACUAUACAUUUGUGCUAGAAAACAUCUUUAUAGCAACAUUCAUCAGCAUGGAAAAUUCAAUAUGGCACCAUGUCGAUAACUUUAAAUCUCAUUGUGACAAAGUAUGCAUAAUAGAUGCAUGUGCUUUUUAGAGCUCAUCACUUUGACCCCCAUAUAGCAAGAUAACUUUAAGACAUUACAUAUGAAUAAAUUAUUAAGUUUCUAUAGUACUGCCCCUAAAUCUAAUCUAUCCACAUUAUGUUUGAAGCAGGGUUGGCAUUAUCUUAAGCCAGAUCUUAGAUAUAAGCACAGUUUAAUAAAAGGCCCUUCCUUUCAAAAGGACCUGGCCAAUGGCUGACCUGUCUAUCUAAUAAUGAGCUGAUUAGUUUAAUUACAGGGCAAAGUGAGAUGAUGGCUUUGAAGGUCACAGUGGGGCUUGUGUCUGCUUGUGAUUUCAGAAACUUCCAACGCUGCUUUGUUUUCUGCAUGUUGUUUCCUUUUUUUUUUCUCAAUGCAAUUUACACUUUUUUUCUCUUAAUACAACUAUUAUUUACUCUUCUAUAAUGUACAAUUCAUGUUUUCAGAAGAUCUGCUUUUGACCAAACAGUAAGUGCCAUGCUUAAAUAAUACUUCCAAAAUGCUUUAUUAUUUAAGUCCAUUGAUGGGUAAAAAAUAGAUGAAUCCAACUGUUGGGUUAAAUUAACCAAUACAUUUAUUAUGGUUCAUUUUAACCCAGCUGUUGUCAAUAUCUGACCAACUAUGGAUUGAAAUAAUCUAGUAUUUUGGUGGUAGAACACAUGGACCAUAAAGUGAGCUAAGUCACACAAAUAAAGCAAAAUUGUCAUUAGAUUAUAGCCAUCGGCCAAUCAAUAUUACACGAAAUUACAUUAAUUUUAAAGGAAUAUAGCACAAACACACUUUCAAACUUGUUUCAAACAGUAUACAUUUGUGGUUUCAGACAAUUUUAACUAAAUUCGACUUAAGUGUCCAAAUACUUGCAGAUCACCAAUGAAGUGACAAAUCAGCAGUUUUUACCAAACUUUAUGAAUGGUAGGAAAUAUAGUGUCAAGAGUGUUUUGCAGGUUAAACCUCCCAUGUGCUGUUUUUAAUUUAAAAUGUAAAAAGUUGGAUUAAUAAAAAAAUUAUGUCAGUUGGUAAUCCCUAAAAUAGAUUUUUAAAGCUUAAAGUUUUUUCGGUUUCAUCAAUUGAAAUAAUUUUCAAUCCAACUUUCACUUUUUACAGUGUAGCUUGCUGUUGUCUUGAGCUAUCGCUAUUCUCAAAUGAUGUUAAGUGACCUAUUGAUUUUUAUUUGUUAUAUCACAAUGUCUCCUAUGGUAAAUCCUCAUACGUCUCAACCACUUCUAAUAUGUUCUAUAUCAUUCAAGAAUGUGUUAGGCCAUAUAUACAUCUACAGUACAGAGUCAAAGUUUAAACAAGCUCUUUAUAGCUACCAGUUUGAAUGCAUGUCUAACUUUAUUAUACAGUAUACACAGCUGUCGAGGAAUGAUGCAAUUUAUUGACUCACAUAAUAACGUUAUAACUUUUUCAAUAAUGUGAAAGUACUGUUAUCUGUCCAAUAACCACUUCUUCCUGGGGACGUUCAGUAUAGUUUAAUCUCACGCAGAUGUGCAUAAUAAGGAUACAGAAUGAAUGACCUGUGAGCCAUUAUUACUAAUUGUUAAAGUACAGCCGGUCUAACGGUGGCCCUAAACACACUUAAUAUAACCCUAGAGGGUCUGAGUGCUGAUGGAGAGAUACAGAAAGAGAGAGAUUGAGUGAGAUCAAAGUUGCCUGCAGCUACAUGUCACCAGCAAAUAAAUAGGAAGCAUGGUAUCUGACUAAUGCUUCUGAUCUGGCCCCACUGCAGUGGGCCGUUUGAGACCGCCCUAAUUCCACUGGUGGGUACGAGGGUGCCCGAAACUGAUUAGGAUCCAAUACAUAAUGAUUUAUGAAAGCGGAUUCAGGAAAGCUGUGUUACAACCAUUUAGGGUUUGCGUUGGGAGUGUCAGAUAGUUCUGAGAAGGGAUGUUUAUCGAGACUGAAUACAUGUCAAAUGAGUUAUCUCAUCCAGCUCUCCACCAUUCACUUUAUCCAUCUGAUGAAUGUCCUGUCACAUGAAAAGAACAUCAUCUAAUAAAACUGCACAGUGUGAUUGAAUUUAAAGUUGCACUCAGUAAUCUUUUGUUUUGCUUUCAAUGUUUUUUAGAUCACCUAAAAAUUAUUUUGAUUGUAUUGUUGAAAUGUGUAGUCAACCAAUAUGUAUGUAUUAUUAAAUAACACUAUUCAAUAACAGUGGGAACAUCUCAAAAUGUCUAGCAUUUUUGGAGACCUAAAUUUUUAAUUAAUCACAUUUGCUCAUUUCAAAUGUCAUUUCAACUCUACACUUUAACUUAUCAGAUUAUGUUAAGCUAUUUCAACUUGUUUUAAUAAGUUACAGCUACUCAUAGUCAAAAUUUAAAAUAUUAAGUUGAAAUGGCAGCUUAAAACAGUAUUCAUUUGACUUUAUCUAAUAUAUUUUAUAUGGUUCUCAUGUUUUUAAAGUACUAUUUUUUAUGUUAAAUGUUUUAAAUAGGGUAAAAAUCGCACAAAAGUUUUAGGCCCGGUUUCAAAGACAAGGCUAGUCACAGUCUAAAAAUGCAUGUUUGAGCUGACUUAAAGAUGCACUGUAUAACUUGUAGGAGGAUCUUUUGACAUAUAUGCAAUAAAAUA